CUCCGCCGGUGCACACGGGGCCAUGGCGCAGGGACCGCGCAAGUUCCAGGCGCAGAAGUCGGCCAAGAGCAAGGCCGCGGCGUCGGCAGCAGCCUCGGAGCGGACCCGGGGCCCGAGGAAGGGCGGCCGAGUCAUCGCCCCCAAGAAGGCGCGCGUGGUGCAGCAGCGCAAGCUCAAGAAGGACCUGGAGGUUGGCAUCCGGAAAAAGAUCGAACAUGACGUCAUGAUGAAAGCCAGCAGCAGUCUGCCCAAGAAGCUGGCACUGCUGAAGGCCCCCAGAAAGAAGGGGGUAGCCUCUGCCAAGAAGACCUCCUAAAGGCCUCCCCCCACUGUGGAGCCCAGUGUCACACCCCGUGUCCAAGACCAGUCUGCAGGCAGUCCCCGGGCUACUGUGAGGAGGAGGAGGGACCCAGCUCCCAGGACUGGGGGCGCUUGACUUCAGUGGGGGCCCAGCCUACAAGCCAAUGGCCAGCAGGUCCAGGUGCCGAGGCCCACAACCCAGGGACACCUAGGCAAGUGCUUUUGCCACCUCUGUCCCCAGGCCCUAUCUCUGCUGCUUUCACCCCGAGCAAUAAACCAGGCUUUGUUGUCGA